AAAUUACAUUACUUACAAACGACCGCCAUUUUUUUUUUCCUUAUUUUUCAUUUUUGCAAACCAGUCCAGAUUUUCCCCUCAAACUCUCAGGAUUUUUUAUGUCAAUUAUUCCCAACCCUAGCUCCUUCCCACUUCUUUCACUGUAAAUUUCACGACGAAGAUGGAUACCGAAGAGGAUUUUGAACUAUUUUCGCCACCUGAAGACGAGCCUUCUUCUCCGGUCCCUGAUAGGAAGCUAAAACGACUGAAGAAAGGCAGGAUGGUUAAGGGGAAUCCAUUGACACCCGAAGCUAUAGAUUUCGAGAAAUCAGAGGGCCAAGGUUUUCAGGAUCCAAGAUCGGGAUCUAGGUCGGCGAUUGAGAGCUUUGAUGAUGAAGACGAGUCGGGCUCCAGCUCUGAUGGGUUAGGUAUGGAGGAAAUCGAAUUGGGUUCAGAACCUUCGGGUGUAAAGAAAGCGUUGGAUUUUGAGUCUUUUCCGGUGGAAGAUGAUCGAAAUAGUGGGGAUCAGGGUCAAGAGAUGGAAAUUGGGGAUUCGAAAGAGGAGGAAUCGGAAAACAAGCAGGUUGAUGCCGAUGAAUCUAAGGAGGAGAAAAAUAAGAAAAGGAAGAAGAGAAUCAAGGAUACCGAUGAGAUGCUGGAAACGGCGGCCACCACAAAAAAAUUAACACAAAAGGAAAGAAGAAAACAUCUUACUUUACUUCGUGCUGAAUCUCAGAGGCUUUCAUCUGAUGAAGAGGAAAAUGACAAGGAGAACAUUGAUCCCUGUCCUCACAAGUCAGUUGACAUGUCUUCUCCAAGUGGAGAUCCUGUUAAAGCAUUUGUCGAUGAGGAAGCUGAAGAAGAAGAUGACAGUGACAAUGACCGAUUGUGCUUUGGAGAUAAUGAUGACGAUGAAGAUGAUGAUAGUGAAGAUCCGGAGGAACUUGAGGAUAUGAUAGCAACAGAGUAUGAAGAAAAGGAAACUGACAUUGAAAAACGCAUGGAACACCAUCAGGAGUUACUUAAUAAACAGGAUGCUGCUGAAACUGAAAACAUGUUGCAGAGAUGGGGCUUAAAGCAGAGAGAAACCUUGCUUGAAGAGGAGUUGAAUGGGGAAAGUGAAGAAGACAUGGAGGAGUCUGACGAUGAGGCUUCAGAUGAUUUACCUGAAACAAAUUCUAUUCGAAUGAGCAUAAGAAAACUAAGAGAAAUGAUCCCUCAAAUGUUUAAAGAUAAAGAUGAUGUCUACAUAUCAUCUGAUGAUGAGGAAAUGGAGAAAAGCCUUGUUAAACAGCACCAGUUUGAGAAAGCUGACAAGCAGGCAAAGUUAUUACCACCAACAGAGGAUGCAAUAUCUAAAGCAUUCUGUAGUCAUAUAAAGCAGGUGAAUAACAUGCCUCAACCGAGGAAAAAGGCCAAAAUAUCUUCAGCCUUUUCUACCACGUUACUUACUGGAGGAAAGGGGAAUGUAUCAUCAAAGACAUCUUUCAUUGGUAGAGGAUCAAAAAGUUCUUUACCACCAAUCCAGAAGCAGGGAUCAAGCAUGGCACGUUCUUUUAUAUUUGAACGAGAAGUCAGUAAUAGCAGGAGCAGAAUUUCAAUGGCAGAGGAUUCUUCAGAUAAGAUCCAAAUUGCCAAAACCCGACCAGCAAAACCCACAUCAGCCAAAUUUAGUAACUCUCAAGUUACACCUACUGCACAAAGCAAGAAACCUGCAGCAGAAACCAGUUCAAGAACUCCAUUGCUGGAUAUAUUAAGACGUUCUUCACUGCAACUGCAAUCUAGUAGCCACUGCACACGCAAUAGCUCUAUUGAUAGCCCUGGGUCUAUCUUUGCAGCAUUCAAAAUAGAAAAGAAAACAAUACAAAAUAAAUCCAAUGCAUCUAUAAGAACUUUUUAGAUUAUUGUACUUAGUAGUAUAUAAAUCUCUUAUUAUAUACCUCAGUUUUGUUUUUUGGCAAUUCUUUUUCACUCAUAUGUUGUUUUUAGUAUAUUAGGUUAUAAUCAUAAUAUUAUAUAAGAUUAUAAAUUAAUAAUUAUAAA